CACACCGCGACUGCGAGCGAGCGAUCCCUUCCAGGCUAAGGCUAAGGCUCCUCUCUCUCUCUCUCUCUCUCUCUCGGCGCAUAAAAGAUAAAACCAAGCAAGCAAGCGCACACCUCACUCACUCCCAGCAGGAGAAAAGAAAAGCAAAAGGAGCGAAGCAAAGACAUGGCCGCCGCAACAAAAGCAUCCUCUUUCUGCCGAAGCUAGAUAAGCCUGGUAUACCCCCCUCGCGGUCACGCGCGGUCCAUGGGUGCGGCGCGUCCGCGGCGCUGGAAGCUGCCGUUCCACCGCAGUGGCAGCGCGCUGUCGUCGCCGUCCACCAAGUCGCCUGCAGCGCCGCUCCCCUGCUCGCCGGCGCGGUCGGAGGCGUGGGCGGCGGAGGAGGCUGUGCCGCCGGAGUUCGUGUGCCCGGUCUCGGGCGCGCUGAUGGCUGACCCGGUGAUCCUGCCGUCCGGGCAGACGUACGAGCGGGCGUGCCUCCAGGCCUGCGCGGAGCUCGCUUUCUUGCCCCCCGGCGUCGAGUCCGUGGGUGCCGACACGAUGAUACCUAACUCGGCGCUCAAGGCGGCCAUCGGCACCUGGUGCGCACUCUCCGGCCGCGCGGUGCCGGCGCCGCCGUCCGCCGAGGCAGCACGGGAGGCCGUGCUGCGCGCGAUGCCCCCGGUGGCCGCGGAGCCCGUGAGGACGAUUAGGAGCGUGGCGAUGGUGAGUUCGUCGAACUCGUCGUACUCGUCGCCGGCGUCGACGUCGUCGUACGGGUCGUCCUCGGAGAUCACAGCCGCGGAGGAGGAGGUGGGCGUGAGGCCCGUGAAGGAGGCGCCGCCGAAGGAGGUGGUACAGGUGGAGGCCUUUGACCCGUUGGAAGACGAGGUGGUUGCCAAGGUGAUGGACGCGGACGAGGAGGGAGUGGUAGCGGCGGCGAUGGGCGCCCUCCGGGAGGCCACGCGGGAGAGCGCGGACCGGCGGCGCACGCUGUGUAGUCCGCGGCUGCUCGGCGCGCUGCGGCGCGUGCUGCUGCUCCCGCGGCACGCCGCCGCGCGGGUCGACGCGACCGCGGCGCUAGUCAACCUCUCCCUGGAGCCAGUGAACAAGGUCCGCAUCGUCCGCGCGGGCGCGGUGCCGGCGCUCGUGGAGGUGCUCCGCUCGGGCGCCUCCGCGCCCGAGGCGCGCGAGCACGCGGCUGGCGCGCUCUUCGGCCUGGCGCUCAACGAGGACAACCGCGCCGCCAUCGGCGUGCUGGGCGCGGUGCCUCCCCUCCUCGACCUCCUCACCUCCCCCGCCCAACCGGUCCGGGCACGCCGUGACGCCGGGAUGGCUCUCUACCACCUCUCCCUCGUCGCCGUCAACCAGUCCAAGAUCGCGCGAUUCCCGGGCGCGCCCAAGGCUCUGCUCGCCGUCGCGUCCAGCGCCGCCGAGCCGACGCCCAUCCGCACGUUAGCCCUGAUGGUGAUCUGCAACCUCGGCGCCUGCCCAGAGGGCCGCGCCGCGCUGAUGGACGCGAGCGCCGUGGCGUCCGUCGCCAGCAUUCUCUCCUCUCCCCACGACGACACCACCAGCAGCAGCGCGGACCUCGAGGAGUGGUGCGUGGCGGCGAUGUACGCCAUGAGCCGCGGCAGCCUCCGUUUCCGCGGCCUGGCGCGCGCCGCCGGCGCGGACAGCGCGCUCCGUCGCGUGGCCGACGAGGGCGGCGGCGUCCGGCGCGAGAUGGCGAGGAAGACCCUCCGCGCCAUGCGGGGCGACCUGGACGAGUUCAAUGACCUGACCGGCAGCAGCCUCGAGUGCGGUGACGGCGACGACUGCGGCGGCAGCAUCGUGUCGGACGGGCUCAUGUCGUUCCGGCGCCGGCAGCGCGAGCUCGGGGUCUCGUCCUGCGGCAACACCGCCGAGUUCUGAAACAAUUCUCCUCAUUCCAUUCGGCCAUGCUUUGUAUGUAAAAUUGCUUGCUUUAGGUUUGCAUCACAGCGUUACACAUUUGUGCCGUGCCCGUGUGAGACGAUGAAAAAUGCCCUGGUUUUCAACCGGUGGCACUUGGCAGUGUAACGAAGCUGUUGCGAGCUCCGAGCUCGCGAUGCGUCGCAAAUGCACUCUCAUCUGUGAGUAAACCCCUGCUGUGUGCCUGUGUGGUGCUGAA